AUGGAACCAGCUUUUUUUCGUGGUGAUCUUUUAUUCUUAGGAAUGCCUGAUGAACCUGUACGAUACAUUCUCACUAAAGGUGAUAAUAACCAAGUAGAUGAUCGAGGACUGUAUAACCCAGGACAGCAAUGGAUUCAUAAAGAAGAUAUUAUUGGGAAA